UCCAAUUCCAGAGUGUGUGUGAUGUCCGUGCAGCCUUCGCAGAUUCCUAUUGGGGCAUUUGCGCAAGCACUAUAAACUCGCAAUAAAGGGCAAUGGCUUCUACCGCAAGAAUUCUCGGAUCAGUUUUCCAAAAAGCCUCUCCUUCACUCGGUAUCUUCUCCUUAAUCUCGCUUCAGAAACCCUAUACUAAGCACAGUUUUCUUCGAGGAAUCUCGCCUUCUAGAUUUUCGCCCACAGUAGGCGGAGCUCAGAGAAAGAGGAGGAUAUGGACAACUUCCCCUCUUUGUAUGGGAAGGCGUUCUUGCAAGAUCGCUGGGAGAAAGGAUGCUCAGAAUUUGAAGAAGAUGAAAAGAAACAGCAGAAUUGGAAAAGAAAUUGUCUCUGCGAUAAAAAAGGGUGGUCCAAAUCCAUCUUCCAACACUGUUCUUGCUGCUGUUUUAGAGAAAGCCAGAGAACUUGAAGUACCCAAAGAAAUAGUUGAGAGGAACAUAAAAAGGGCUUCUGAAAAGGGUCAGGAAGCAUUUAUUGAGAAAUUUUAUGAGGUAUAUGGCUUUGGUGGUGUUGGCAUGGUGGUUGAGGUUUUAACGGACAAAAUAACACGUUCGGUGGCUGAUGUUCGAGGUGUGGUAAAGGACAGUGGAGCGAAGCUCGCUGACCCAGGAUCUAUUCUAUUCAAGUUUAGGCGAGUUCGAGUCGUUAACGUAAAGGUUAACGAUAACGAAAAAGACCAGGUUCUUGCUAUUGCUUUAGAUGCAGGAGCUGAAGAUGUCAUCGAACCAAAUUUUGAUGAGGAAGAUGAUUCAGAAUAUAAUUCAGACAGCUAUUACAAGAUUGUCGUCUCUGCAGAAAACUAUUCUGAUAUACUAUCAAAGCUAAGAGAUGCAGCAAUAGCUUAUGAACCAGAUAACGGCUAUGAGCUCUUGCCACUAAAUCCCAUUGAGGUAGAUGAUGAAGCCAUGGAUUUAAACAAGGAACUAAUGUCUAAGCUGCUUGAACUUGAUGAUGUUGAUGCUGUCUACACUGAUCAGAAGUGAAUCUAUUUGAUUUGACAAGUAGCAGCAGCAUUCUUCUUUUCCCUUUUUCUUUAUUUUACAUUUACAUAUCUACCACUCAAUUUAUAUUUUGUUUACAUAUCUACCACCUAACCUUUGUUUUUUAUAUUUAUGCCACACAAAUGUUUCACAUCAUGUAAAAUAUACCUACCACUGUUUUAACUUUUAAAAAGUGAAAUAGAUCUUUUUCAUGCACGAGCAAGAU